AUGACAAGAAAGAAAGUGAAGUUAGCUUUCAUAACUAAUGACUCAGCAAGAAAAGCAACAUUCAAGAAAAGGAAGAAGGGUCUGAUGAAGAAGGUGAGUGAAUUGAGCACCCUUUGUGGUAUUGAUGCUUGUGCUAUUAUUUAUAGCCCUUAUGAGAACCAACCAGAAGUGUGGCCAAACACCAUGGGAGCUCAGCGCGUGCUCGCUGAGUUCAAGAGGAUGCCUGAGAUGGAACAAAGCAAGAAGAUGGUCAAUCAAGAGAGUUUCAUAAGGCAAAGGAUCGCGAAAGCAAGCGAGCAGCUGAAGAAACAAAGCAAGGAGAACAGAGAAAAGGAAAUGACUGAAGUAAUGUACCAAAGCUUGACUGGGAAGGGGCUGCAGAAUUUGAAUUUGGGUGAUUUAAAUGAUCUUGGUUGGGUUAUUGAUCAGAAUUUAAAGGAGAUAUAUAAGAGGAUCGAGGCGGUUAAAAAAGGAGCUUCCACUUCUUCUGUUGCAGCAUCGCAUGCUGCUGCAGUAUCACAGGCAGCUGCUGCUCCACCAGUGGUGGAGCAGAAGCCGCCUGUGGUGGAAUUGGGAUUGGAUCAGGGGAUGCAGAGGACACAAGCAGAGUGGUUUACUGAUUGGAUGAAUAGUAACACAAGUGAUCAGCAACUUGGUUUUGGACAUGGAGAUGAGAUGAUGAUGCCCAAUUUUAAUGAUAACCACAAUGCUAGUAUGUGGUCUAAUGGUUUCUAUCCUUAA